AUGCAAAAACAUGGAGCUAUUGCAGUCAUAGGAGCUUCUCGGAAAGUUAUAACUGUAGUAGCGGAAGCUGAAGCAGACAUUCGACCUUUCCAUAAUCGGCAUAUGGAGAAAGCUACGAAAAUGCAGAUCGACAUCCAAACUCUACCUAAAUCAAACCCCCUAGUUAAACUGAGAACUAUCACAACUCGGAGGUUCAUGUCUCCGCUGCAGAGGAUAUCUCGAAUAAACCGGAUACAAACAAUAGAUGAAAGAGAUAACGAAAUGGCCAUUGAGCUUGCGAAUAAAGCAGUAGGCAUCCUCAUUGUUACAUGCACAUCUGCCAGAUCAGGGAUUGUUGGUAUAGAAGGGCGUAUAAGAAACGCCCAAGCAGGCAAUAAUGGGAAUGGCAUAUCCAGCUACUUCAUUAUACUAGGCAAAGGACAGAGCUAA